AUGGGAGAAAGUGUGAAAGGAAGUCGAGUUCAUGAAGGCACGUUCGUCGAUUCUCAGAGAAUCGGAGAACGUCAAAUGGAGAAACCGAAUAGUCUGAGUGGUCGUACGAAGGAAAUCCAGAGGACAUGUCACGCGAAAGAUUUGCAGGCCAAGCUUCUAAAGAAACAUGCUCUUCCAGUAAGGGAUGUUGAGAGUCGCAUAAACAUAGACGAUGAUCUAGAAAGUGCUGCAACAAAUCACAAGCAGCAAGGACAUCAUCACAAGGCUGGUGGUGGUAAGGAACAUCAUGCCGAGCAUCACGAAGAGCACGGUGAAAAGGGUGAUAAAGGUUAUAAAAGUCAUCAUCAUCAUGAUAAGGGUGAUCAUGGUAAACACGAUAAAGAACAUCACGCUGGACAUCACGAGGAACACGGUGGUCACAAGAAAGGUCAUCACGAUUUAGAUGAAAAGUAUGGAGAGCAUCACGAAGGGGAGAAGGGUCACAAGGGUGGCAAGUUCGGGGAGAAGAAGGGUCACAAGAAGGGACACAAGACGAAGGGUUAUCACAAUAAAUUCCAUAAGGAUGAAUAUCACAAAGAGCACAAGUUCUACGAUGAUUACCAUAAGGGUGGUCAUCAUGAGAAGCACGGUGAUUUCCAUGGACAUCAUGAGAAGAAGGAAGGUCAUCAUAAAAAGGGCGCACACAAACAUUCGGGAUAUAAGGAAGAUCAUCAUGGUAAAAAGGGUCAUCAAGACAAGGGUCACAACGACGAGGAACAUAAAGGACAUCAUGGCAAGCACGGGCACGAGCAACAUCACGCUCAUCAUGAUUCAUAUGGCAAGAAAGGUGAUCAUCAUUCUGGAAAGAAAUAUGGUUUUAACAAGGAACAUAAAGGUUAA